AUGGCGCCCGUCCAGCAGCAGCAGCGGAAGCUAUCAGCGCUGGGAGGUGCCAGCAGUGGUGGCAGCGGUGCCAGUGGAACUUUGGGCGCUAGCAGUUCUGGCAGUCAGAAUAUUGGUCCGAACAAUGGCAAUUCUGUGAACGGCAAAAACAGCACAGGCACUACCUCUCCGGGCGCCUACUCGGCACGCUCCAAGAAUGGCAAGUACGAGCUGAAGAUUCUCUCGCAGCCUGAGGAGCAGCACCGUGCCCGCUACCUGACGGAGGGCAGUCGGGGCGCCAUCAAGGACAAGUCCGGUCACGGGUACCCGGUGGUGAAGCUGUGCGGCUACUCGCGCCAGCCGGUGAAGAUUCAGUGCUUCAUCGGCCAUGACAAGCAAAUUGGCACGCCGCACCUCUUCUACCAGGCGUCGAAGAUUGCGGGGAAGAACUCGACCGCCUGCUUCCUCAAGAAGGUCGACGGGACGAGCAUCAUCACCAUGGAGGCGCAGCCGGCCAAUAAUAUGGAGAUUAACGUCGACUGCAUUGGCAUUCUCAAGGAGCGAAACGUCGACGUGGAGCAAAAGCUGAACAAGUUUCAGCGCCUUGGAGCCAGUGUAGGUGCCGCUGCCGCCGCCGCCGGUGCCAGCAGCAGCAAUGGUGGCGCAGGUUCAGAGAAUGAGGUACAGUCAGUGGCCAACAUCAAGCGGUCCACUCGGUGUCGCCUCGUUUUUCGCUGUGAAAUUCCCGAGACGUCGGAGACCUUGCAGGCGGUCAGUGCGGCCAUUCUUUGCACCCAGCCGCUGGGCACGCCGGAGAUCAACAAGAAGUCGCUCUCGCAGUGCGACAUCAACGGCGGCACGGAGCUCUUCAUCAUCGGCAAGAACUUCCUCAAGGACGCCAAGGUGAUCUUUCGCAAUGAAAAGUGGAUCAAGAUUGUCGAACCGAAUCGAGAGUAUCUUAAGUCGACCCAUCUAAUCUGCACCGUGCCAGCGUACGAUGCCCCGGUGUCAAAGGGCAGUGGUGGUUUGCAUGCUGGUCACCACCACCACCAGCACCACCACCAGAGCAGUCUUCACGGUCAUGGAAAGUCUUCCUCUCCGCCCAAUGUGAUCGAGGUGAACCUGAUGGUGAAGAGCGGCGGCAAGUGCUCUGAUCCGCACAAGUUCUUCUACACUAUCAACGGCGGUGGCAGUGGCAGCAGUGGUGGUGGUGGUCUCAGUUUCAGUGGCCUCCUCGAUACUUCCACCUCCUCCUCCAACUCGGCUGCCAUCUCCGACGUGUGCUCCUCCUCGGCGGCAGACGUGGUCUCCACUUUCAGUAAUCAUGAUUCCGCCAAACUGAUGGACACGCUGAUGGAGGCGAGCAACCACUCCAGUGACGCCUUUCACUUUCAGGCGGCGGCCUAUGCCCAGGCCCAGGCAGAGCAGGCCAGCAAACAGCAGCAGCAGGAUCACGCCGCUCUCACCGCGGCCAUCGUCGACCAGUCCUCCCAGUCGGCAAAUGACCUCCUCAACGCCAGCCUCACCAGUCACAUCGCCACGGAGCUGGUGAACCAGGCGCAGGCGGCGGCGAACGCCUCGGCGGCCGCCGCCAACGGCGGCAGUGAUACGCCCAAUGGAGCGGCCGCUGCUGCGGCCCUGGCCGAAUCGACCGCCGUGGGAAACUCGGUCCUGGCGGCGGCAGCCGUGGUGGCCGCCAAUGAGGUGCAGGCACUUUCCGAUAGUAACCAGCUGACGGCGGCCAACCUCCACCAGACGGUGACGACGGCGGCGGCGGUGGCGGUGGCCGCCACUGAGGCCGUUCUCGCUGAUAAUGCCGCCGCCGCGGCUAGUAAUGCUGCUGCGGUGGCUGCGGCCGCCGAUCCUCAUGGUCACCUGCAUGGUCAUCACCAUCACCACCACCAUCAGGUGCCGACGGCGAUUCCCGGGCCGCCGAACCAGGCGACGGUGGCGGUGGUUGCCGCGCAGAUAAACUCGAUGAUCCCCUACCUGACGGCCAGUUCGACUGCUCUGAAUGUGGCCGCAGCGGUAAAGCAGGAAUCGCUGGCGGUUGAAUCGGAGUUGGCUGCUGCGGCGGCGGCAGCCGUCGCUUCAGGCACUUCGCCACCUCAGCAGCAGCCGCAGUCGAUGAUGGGCCACUCCCCUCCGAACUACCCAGGCAGUCAGCUGACGGCCUACUCCUCCUCCUCGCCGAGCAAUGACGGCGGCAGUCCACUGCAGGGGGGUGGUGGUCCAGUGCAGUCGAUGCAGUCGAUGAUGGUCCAGGAACAGCAGCAACAGGUGGUCGCAGCUGAGCAGCAGCAGCAGCAGCAAUUGAACGUCAUGAUGAGUCAGGCGUAUGGGUCACCGAAUAACCAGCAGGUACUGAACCGACAGUCAUCGAUGGAGACGGGGCCAAUGUCCUUUGCCAAUGUGGGCAAUCAGCAGCAGCAGAUGGGUGACCCGAACCUGACCUCUGUCCUGAAGGUGGACAGUCUGACGCUGCAGGACAACCCACUACCACCGCCACCUGUGCCACUCCCCCAACUGAGUCUCUCUGACAUUAGCACUCAGCUGUCGAUGGCGCCGCCCUCGAUGGCCUCCACCACUGGCGCCCUGGUUCCCAUUGACACUGUCAUGUCGGAGAAGCCCAUCAUCUUCUCGCAGGAGGUGCAGCAGCAGCAGCAGCAGCAGCAACAGCAGAUGAUGAUGGCUGCGGCGGCAGCGGCGGGCGGAAGUCCCAAUGAAAAGACCCAAAUGGUGCCAAUGUCUACGAUGAUGGCCACUGAUGGCACUGGUUUAUCAGUGGCAAUAGUCGGCGGUCCGGGCAGUGUCAUCAUGAGCCCUCAACAGCAACAGCAGGGCGGUCCUUUCGGUCUGAUUUCUCCUUCCGACUCGACCCUUGUUCCAACAACUUUAUCCCCUCCUUCGACCGUUCAGCAGCAACAACAGCAUUUUGGCAGUCCGCUCAAGUCGGUGGUCAGUGAGUACGGCAGUGCAAACAGCAGCAGCCUUCAGCAGGUCACUGAUAUGAAGUUGGCGGCAGGGGUCAUGGCACAGCAGCAUCAGCAGAUUCCUUCGCCCAACAUGACCGGAAUUCUGCCCUCUCCUCCGCUGAAUCCAAACAGUCCCGAACAGCAGAAACAGCAGCAGUCUUCAGUGGUGAUUUUUUGGUCCAAUCACUCACUCACUGACUUCCGUUUGUAA